CCACUGGGGAAGAUGGCGCCCUCAGGGCUGAAGGCGGUGGUGGGGGAGAAGAUCCUGAGUGGAGUCAUUCGAAGUGUCAAGAAGGAUGGAGAGUGGAAGGUCCUCGUCAUGGACCGCCCAAGCAUGCGGAUCCUGUCUUCCUGCUGUAAGAUGUCAGACAUUCUAGCUGAGGGCAUCACCAUUGUGGAGGACAUUAACAAGCGCAGAGAGCCCAUCCCCAGCUUGGAAGCCAUUUACCUGUUGAGCCCAUGUGAAAAGUCUGUCCAGGCUCUGAUCAAUGACUUCCGAGGAACCCCGACCUUUACCUACAAAGCUGCCCACAUCUUCUUCACAGACACUUGUCCUGACCCCCUUUUCCUCGAAUUGGGCCGCUCAAGGCUGGCCAAAGCUGUCAAGACGCUGAAGGAGAUUCACUUGGCUUUCCUUCCUUAUGAGUCCCAGGUGUUUUCCCUGGAUGCAGCCCACAGUACUUACAACUUGUACUGCCCCUUCCGGGCUAAUGCAAGGGUUCGGCAGUUGGAGAUCUUGGCCCAGCAGAUUGCUACACUCUGCGCCACCUUGCAUGAGUACCCUGCUAUUCGCUUCCGAAGGGGAUCUGAGGAUUCAGCCCAGCUCGCCCAUGCUGUCCUCAGCAAGCUCAAUGCCUUCAAAGCAGAUAAUCCCAGCUUGGGGGAGGGCCCUGAGAAGAUGCGGUCUCAGCUACUAAUUGUAGACCGGGCCUUAGACCCUGUGUCCCCUUUGCUGCAUGAGCUCACUUUCCAGGCCAUGGCCUAUGACCUUCUGGACAUCCAGCAGGACACCUACAGGUAUGAAACGACAGGUCUCAGUGAGACCCGGGAGAAGUCAGUGCUGCUGGAUGAAGAUGAUGAGCUGUGGGUGGAAUUGAGGCACAUGCACAUUGCAGAUGUGUCCAGGAAGGUCACAGAUCUACUGAAGACCUUUUGUGAGAGCAAGAGGCUGACCACAGAUAAGGCCAACAUCAAAGACCUGUCCCACAUCCUGAAGAAGAUGCCCCAGUACCAGAAGGAACUGAACAAGUAUUCGACGCACCUGAACUUGGCCGAUGACUGCAUGAAGCACUUCAAAGGCAACGUGGAGAAACUCUGCAGCAUAGAGCAGGAUCUGGCUUUGGGCACAGAUGCAGAUGGGGAGAAGAUUAAGGAUGCCAUGAAGCUGAUUGUUCCUGUACUGCUAGACACUGGGGUACCCUCAUAUGACAAGAUUCGUAUCCUCUUACUCUACAUCCUGCUUCGAAAUGGAGUGACCGAGGAGAAUCUAGCCAAGCUCAUCCAACAUGCCAAUGUGCAGGCACAUAGCAGUCUUAUUCGUAACCUGGAGCAGCUCGGAGCCACAGUUACCAUUGCCACAGGCUCCGGGGUCCCUAAUCGAGGGGACCGGAAGGAGCGAUUGGAGUCCACCUACCAGCUAUCCCGCUGGACACCCAUCAUCAAGGACGUGAUGGAGGAUGCUGUGGAGGACAAGCUGGACAGGAAACUAUGGCCCUUUGUAGCUGACCCAGCCCCAGCCUCUAGCUCCCAGACUGCUGUUAGCGCCCGCUUUGGUCACUGGCAUAAGAACAAAAGUUCAGCGGAAUCUUCCCGGGCUGGGCCCCGGCUCCUGGUUUAUAUACUGGGCGGCGUGACUAUGUCUGAGAUGCGGGCAGCCUAUGAGGUGACACGGGCCACCGAGGGAAAGUGGGAGGUGCUCAUUGGCUCCUCCCACAUCCUUACUCCCACUCAAUUCCUGGAUGACCUCAAGAAGCUGGACCAGAAGCUAGAGGACAUCCCCAUGCCUUGAGUGUGGAACAGCUUGACGCAUUUCCCUACCCUGUGCCCAGUAGGAAAUAAAAUCCCAUCGCCCCCCCAACCUCAUCUCAUCCCCUCUCUGGGUCACCUUCUUCCUGCGUCCAGAUCCUCAUAGCAGGCCCUGAUCUCAGGGAGCAGAGGAGGGAGGGGAUCAGAUCUGUGCAUCCCUUAACAGCUCUGUGACCUCACUGAUAUGGGUACCUCCUGCCUCCAAGAUGGUACUCUAGGCGGAUGUUGAUGAGCUCCUGGAUGAACAAUGUGGUUGGCUACUGGUGUCCCUUUUUUGAGCAUACAUGGGCUCAUUAUAAAGAAAGUCAGAGAAUUUCCCCUAGAUUCAAGGUUUUUAUCUUGGGAUCUGUGGAUAGAUUUUCAGGGGCUCUGUGAACUUUAAUGGGAAAAAAUUACAUCUUUAUUUCAAUAUAAUUGGUUUCCUUUGUAA